AUACCCUGAAAAAGUAUAUACAAAAAAUGUCUAGCCAGUAUGGCUUUCAACAAGCUACUUUUGAUAUUUUGAAAAAAAAAUCUUCAACAAUGAAACCUGAAGAAAAACGAGGAACCUUACUUCUAGACGAAAUGAAGUUAAGUGAAUCUGUUUCAUUCAAUAAAAAAACGUUUGAAAUAAAUGGUCUAACAAAUUUAGGUGACUAUACUCCCGAGCAUCAAACAAAUAAAAAAGGAGACCAUGCAUUAGUCCUUAUGUUCCAACCAUUUCGUGGUAAAUGGGUGCAAUCUUUGGCAUGCUUUUUAAGUAAAGAUGUCAUAACGACUGAUGGUGCCACGUGGAACCGCAGUAUGUGGUCAAAAUUUGGUAUUUCUAAAGAAAAUAUAAGUUGUACGCACAUGCAUGAUGAAUCCAGAAGAUUAUGGUUCGUAUCUGAUUUCCCACACCUUAUAAAAAACAUGCGAAACUGUAAGGUUAAGCAAGAAGAGUUUUGGGUUAGUAUUUUUAUUUUAUACAUUAAACUUAAAUAGUAUAGACUGUAUCCAGUAUUCAUUCACAAUGUUUCUUAUUUUUAUUAUUAUUUGAAGUAUUAAAUCUUUACUUUGAAUUUAAUAUGUUUUAGACCCCAGAUGGAGUUGUUAAACUUAAGCAUUGUGAUGCUGUUUUGGCUUCAGAGAAUCAAUCUGGAUAUAAUUUAAAAAUUUGCCCAGGGCUUUAUGUAGAUGAUGUGCAUCCAAAGCCAUACCAAAAAAUGAACGUUGGCAGAGCAU